CUUGGCUUAGAGCUUACUUGCUACCUUCUGCUCGUAGUAUAAUUAUGGGAAGUAAACACCAACGUCAGAAGCUUCCCUGAGGCUUUCUUCAAAAGGAAUACUAGGAGAAGUAGACUUCAAGACCUCGCCGGCGAUCUUCGGCGGUGGCCGGUGACGGUGACCCACUUAAGUCGCCGGCGAUGGGUGGCGAAAUGGGGAUGGAACAUCGGGAGUCUUCCUGAGGUCAAUUAGAGGAGGUAACAUGGUUCGGCACUGGCUGCAUCAACACCGUAGAUAGCAUGAACAUGAGAGUGAUCGCGAUCGCGAUCGGAAUCCCCCUCCUAUUUUCCCUUCUUCGUCGGGUUUGUGGACAGGAAGGUUUUGUUAGCAUUCAGUGUUGUGCAGCAUCAAAUUUUACUGAUCAAGGAACUAACUUAACAUGGACAUCGGAUAACUAUUUAUUUCAUAGUGUUGGGAGAUGCGAGAACUUUUCUGCCUUCUCUGGAAAUGACUAUAAAAUUGCCCGUGUUUUUGAUGAGAGUGAUUCUAAAAGUUUCUGCUAUUAUCUUCCUGUAAUUAAAAGCCGGAAGUACCUAGUGAGAGCAACAUUCUUGAAUGGCUAUGUUCCCCAUUUUGUAACUGGAUCCACCUUUAACUUUUCAAUCGGAUCCACAUCUAUAUCUCAAAUUAAUUCAUCGUUAGAAUAUUUGGAAUUAGAAGGUAUCUUUGCAGCCAAUGGCGACCACACAAACUUCUGCCUUCGAAAUGAGCAUGGUAUUGCUUAUAUAUCAAAGUUAGAGUUGAGACCAUUAAAUGAUGUUUUUUACCUUCAAGACUACCCUGAUACCAUUCUGAAGUUGGUUACUCGUGUUGAUCUUGGAAAUAAGAAUCUCUAUUACCGGUUUCCCAAAGAUCUUGCUGACCGCAUUUGGCAUGUUCACUAUGAGGAUGCAGAUUUAAUCAGAGGCAAGAUAUUGGAAUCACCUGAUAUAAAUUUGCACGGAGCUAAUGUUUCUGUUCCACUUGAAGUUCUCCAGACUGCUAUCACCGAUGAUGAACAGUUGAUAUUUAAUCUAAAGGGCCUUGUAACAGACCAUGGUGAAUUACUUAUCAUUCUUCAUUUCCUCGAACUUGAUGCCAAUGUGCAAACUGGGCAAAGGGUCUUUGACAUAUAUGUUAAUGGUGAUAAAAAAAUUGCAAACUUUGAUAUACUGGACAAUGAGAAUUCUUCUAACUACAAAGUAGUCACCACUCAGGUGAAAUCAAAUGGUUUUUUAAAUCUCUCUUUAGUCAAAGUUCAGGAAACAGCCAAAUAUGGGCCCAUUUGCAAUGCUUAUGAGAUCUAUAAGGUGCUCCAAAGAACAACCGAAACGAUUCAAAGAGAUGUGGAUGCUGUCAUGAAACUCAAGCAGGAGCUGAUGGUGGAAAAUUCUAAGCAUAAGGUCUUUGGGAAUUGGCAAGGCGACCCAUGCCAUCCUGCUUCAUGGUUUGGCGUGUCCUGUGAAGAGAAGAGUGGAUCCUUUGUCAUCACGAAGAUAAAUCUUCCAUCAAUGAAUCUUCGAGGAGCAAUUCCAGCAGUUAUUGGAGAUCUUACAGAACUCACGGAAUUGGAUGUGCAGUAUAAUAAUUUCACUGGGCCUAUUCCAGAUUUCUUGGCUACUCUUCCCAAUUUGUCAACACUAUCCAUCGAAUGCAACCCACAGCUGAGCAGCCAUAUUCCGUCCAGCUUGUCCACUAGAAAAAAUCUAACUGUCAUCAGCUCUGGAAGCUGCAAUGCUCCAACGCCUCAAAAAAGUAAUAUUCAUGUUAUAGGCAGUGUUGCUUGUGCUUGUGUUGCAGUGACAUCUGUAUUGGGAAUCUUUUUUAGCUGCUUUUACAAGCGUCCCCAUCGAACCUUGAAAAGGAAAUACCCAGUUACUAAGAAUUUGGGAUCCAUAGACCACAGCAUCCAAUACGCUCUUAAGAAUCCUGGAUCUGAAGUGAAGACCUUUACACUUGAUUACGUUAAAAAAGCAACAUGCUGUUACCAAACAUUAAUUGGUGAAGGUGGUUUUGGGACAGUUUAUCGUGGUACACUUUCACCUGGUCAAGAAGUUGCUGUAAAGGUGCGGUCAGCCACAUCAGUACAGGGCACACGUGAGUUUGAUAAUGAGGUAAACCUACUUUCAAAACUUCGGCAUGAGAAUUUGGUCCCACUCCUUGGCUACUGCUGUGAAAAUGAUCAACAAAUUCUAGUAUACCCUUUCAUGUCUAAUGGUUCUUUGCAAGAGCGGCUAUAUGGGGAGGCAUCAAAAAGAAAAGUUCUGGACUGGCCAACACGACUUUCCAUUGCGCUUGGUGCUGCUAGAGGUUUACUAUAUUUGCAUACCUUUCCCGGACGAUGCAUUAUUCAUCGUGAUGUGAAGUCUAGCAAUAUUCUUUUGGAUCAUAGUAUGUGUGCUAAGGUGGCAGACUUUGGGUUUUCUAAAUAUGCACCUCAAGAGGGGGAUAGUGGUGCUUCUUUAGAAGUAAGAGGAACGGCUGGUUACUUGGAUCCAGAAUAUUAUUCGACCCAGCAACUAUCAACCAAAAGUGAUGUCUUUAGCUUUGGAGUGGUUCUUUUAGAAAUUGUGACUGGAAGAGAGCCACUAAAUUUACAUAGGCCACAUAGCGAAUGGAGCUUAGUUGAAUGGGCAAAGCCUUACAUUAGGGAGCAAAGGAUUGAUGAGAUGGUGGACCCAAAGAUGAAAGGUAGCUAUCAUGCAGAGGCACUGUGGCGCGUGGUGGAGGCCGCAUUGGCCUGCAUCGAGCCCUUCUCCGCUUACCGACCUAACAUCGUCGACAUUGUUCGUGAGCUCGAAGAUUCUCUCAUUAUAGAGAAUAAUGCGUCGGAAUAUAUGAGGUCUAUAGAAAGCUUUGGAGGCUCUAACCGUUUCCAGUAUUCCAUAGACAGGAAAGUUCCUGCUCUAGCUAUGGCUUCCUCUGCUGAGCCUUCUGCAUUUUGUCAGAUCAUUGCUGCUCCCCAGCCCAGGUAUUAAAUUAUCAAUCAUGAUUCAUUUUGUAUUGGGGGAGUGACAGAGGAAGGAGGCAGUAACUUUAUGCUUCAUCCAUUCGUAGAGAAAAAAAAAACACAACUCUUCUUGGCCUAUUGGUUGAGAGCUUAGGCUUCCAACUAAGAGGUUCAAGGUUCGAGUCUAUGUGUACGCGUUGUGUGUGUGAGUUUGCCUUAAAUGGUCUAAAUGUCUAAAAAAAAUAGAGAAAAAAAAAGAUGUACAGUUGCUUCUUUUGCUGAUUUCUCAACCAUUUUGUCGCAGCAUUUGGUGCAUUUUUCACCUUCAGGUAAAGUCAUUGCUUUAUAGAUACGAAA